AGUGCAAAUAUGCUGUGCAAAGUGACUAUCGAUCGACUCGUUCGAUCUAAAAUUUGACAGUUGCAGUGACUUGAACCUUUGCAAAAUGUCUCAGAUUCCCAGCUUUUCCACGUGGUACAGCACGUUGGUGAACUUUAGGAAGAAUCCCUCAGCUUAUCUGAGUGGAAAGAAACUCAGUGGCAGCAACUUUGUACUUGAUGUAUUGCAGGAACUCUGCCAGGAGAAUGUUCAUGCUGAUAUCAAGACGCAUCUCUUGAUCUUGCUGCAAGAGUAUUCAGUGUUGUUGUUUGCUGAGUCGCAUGAAAGCAUUGAGACAACCGUUGGCACCCUGCAGACCCUCUACCAACAGACUUGCAGGCAUUCUGGGCUGGAGACCUUCCAUGGUCAGAUCCUCAUCACAAUCACAACUAUUCUCCUCUCUUGUGACCAACUGGAGCACCAGCCAACGUUGUUUUGUGGAUUUGUCGACAUAUUACUGGAUGUGGUGUCAAAGGUGAACCAGGUUGGCCAGUCAACUCGAGCCAUGGCCUGCCUAUGCUUAGAGGAGAUUGAGUCUCUCUAUCCUGGCAUCUUGAGCCACAAACUUGACCAUUUCUACCAGAUGUGUCAACUUGAGAUGACGUUCUCUUGCCAGAACUACAUGACACUGCUUGUCACAUGCCUCAGGAAUGCAGUCAGGAAGUUACAGAGUGGUCAGUCUGGUGUUGACGAUCGGAGUCUGACGGAUUUGUUAUGCAAUAGGAAAGAGCCACUAAAACCUCUCAUUCUCCCUCAGGAUUUACAUUCUCUCAAAUUACACAUGAAGUUUCAUUCCACGCCAGCCAAACAACUGCCUGGCAACGUUGACACCCGAGAGUUGAAGAGAGCUGUCUCAUUCCUGAUGGACCACACGCAGACUUUGACCGGAGCGAGCCACUUCCAAAUGCUCUGUCAGCUUGUCGAUGUGGUCAAAAUGACACCACAGUUUUCAUCUUCAAUUUUUAAACCUCAUCUCCUGCGUUUCUUGUCGACUCUCGACCUGCCACUCUUCUACCUCGUCUUUUACCUCCGCCUCCAUUUUGGCUCCGAUCUGUUCAGCGGAACGGAACGUGAUACGCUGCUGAAACACCUGCUCGUUUCCAUCCACCAUCCGGCGCUAUCCAUUCCUCACAGAUUGAUGUUGUUUGAUUGGCUGUUACACUUCCCGCAGGAUUCAGGCGAGGUACCACCCGAGGCAUGCGUCCCAUCUGAGCUGGACUACACACAAUAUGCAGCAUUCUUUCCCACCGUGUUCGACAGUGCUGAGAUCAAAUUGAUUAAGCUGUCAAUACUUAGUAUGUGUUUCACUCCUGGAGAGCAGCCUGACUCUGUGACCGCUACAUUGAUGGGAUGUCUUGUUUGCCUACAUAAACCUGUCCAUUAUGGUGUGACAGGAAAGACUGCAGUGGUGCUAUUUAGAGUCCUCUAUCAAUUCUACGUCCGUCAUGAACAGACUGCUCUAGCCAAGGAUCUGGAGAGGUUUAUUUUGGGUGUUGUGUUGGAGCAGCCCAAGUUCGUGCCAUACAUCCUUGAUUUUAUUCAGUGUGUCCGCAAAUACAAGCCUUCCAGCUUGCUGCCAGUGGAAGUCCUGGAGUCACUAACCAAGCAGGUCAUAUCAACACCCGUAGAACAAGUGCUGGAAAAGUUAAAUUUCUACCUGAUGAUACUUGAUCGUGCGGCCCAUGAAGUUCAGAUAAAACCUAAGGCCACCAUCAUGUUCCUCCAGCAGUUGGUCGAUGGCACAUCCUUCUGCGCAGAUGGGGGCUGGUCGCUUGGCAACCGCUUAUUGGCCGUCUGUCGCAGCAUUUUACAGUUUCACGAUACAGAUCCUGUUUAUAUUGAGCUUGGCGACCUUCUCCAUUCUCUGUUCACUCAUCACAAGGAGGUGGACGUGAGAGAUCGGGCUAAGUUUCUCUAUUCGUUACUCGUCAAUGUAUCAAGUGAAAAGCUUUCCACAAUAUUGUUACGGUCACCUUUGACAGCCAAGGCCACCACGCAAACACUCACCAACUUAGUGGCAAGUAGUGGAAACUUUCCGACUGCAGCUCCGAUCAUCCAUGUUGAGUAUCCUGUCAUGCAACUCACCAGAAUGGAAGAGACAGUCACUCAUGACGUGCAGCAUGCUAACGCUACACCCUCUGUGGAGUCUGGUAUCAUCCAUACCUACUGGAGGCACAUCCAUAGUUCCGAGUUUACACCAGGAAUGAAGAAGAAGUAUUAUGUCCACUUUGCCAAUAACAGGGACCCGACGUUUCAGAGAAUUCAUGCCGUGAAUCUCACUGUGACGGCGAACAGUUCCUAUAGGAAAAUGACUGACGUUUACCUGCCUGUUUUGGACAGAGAGACGUCCUCCGCACCAGGACCUGGAUGCAUUUCGAUUGUGUUACACUUCCAACCCCAGGAACCUGUGGCAGGAACCUUCCAAACGAAUGCCAUAUUUACCUGUCAGGACGGAAGCACCUAUUCUUGUGACCUUGUACCGGUCACCUUGACCUUUAAUGACCUUUUCCAACCGUUCCCGUCACCGCCUACAAAUCAUGGCAGGUUGUUUGAAGAACUCUGGGAACAUAUUGAGUCGAAGUCACGUCAGAAUGACAGUGACAGUGUUCUCUCCAUCUGUCGUCUGCUUCUUAACAAGGCCCAGAUGGAGAAAAUCAGCGGCAGCAAACUCGGACCAUUCCUGAUAGAAUCCUCUGAACAGGAUUAUCUCCGUUUGGGCAUCUUCCUGCCGCCGCGCUACUCGUUACUCCUCAAGGUGAUCUUCCCAGCCGAUGACAACACCUUCUCGCUCGUCAACGUCGCCACAGAUAACUGGAAAAUCUUGCCAGAUGUGCAAAACUUUUUGAAAAGUCUUGAGGAAAUCACAAUAAUAUGAAUAUUUUCAAUCAGAAUCUUCGUUGGAUUUUUCUGUGGACAGAUUAUCAUUUCUCAGAGGAAUCAAGGUGCUACUGCCGCAGAUAGUAGGACGAUCUUGCUGUCCAUUAAGAACUAAUGAUUAAAAAUCUGUGAAUAUACAGUACAACCUCUCUAUUGCGGACACCCAUGGGACUGGGCCCAGGUGUCCGCAAUAGAGAGGUUAUGCCAAAUCGUCCGAUAGGUGGAUUUGAAGUUCCCGCCUUGCAGUUCUUGGUUUUUCCAUGUGUCGACAUCUAGCGUAGUAACUUUAAACCUGUUGGCUGAUCGGUAUUUGCUUGUGAUGUUGCGUUGAAUGACGUGAGCUACUUUGGAACUCAGAGCGUGAAUAAUCUCUCCAGUAAAAGGUGCCCCUUUUAUUGCAAAAUCUCCUCGACAUGUCAUAAUGUGUGAAAAAACACCAUAGUUUCUGUCCAUCAGCCACCCUGAUUAAUAAUUAAUUUUUUCUAAUUUCUCUCCUAACGCAUAUUUGCCGCAACACCGACCAAACCGCGUGGAUUUAUGAGUGUCCGAUGACACAAUAGGCCUGUGUGAUUAGUUGAAAAGAUGAGUAAACAAAUGCCGCGGCUUAAUUAGGAUACAAAAACACAAUGCCAUGGGGUAAUUAUGUUGAUUAAUUACGCAAAUAUCACACCUGUCGGGCCUACUUGACUCUCCAAGCGCACGCGGGAAACCAUUGUUUUUGCCUACUGUCCGUAAUUGGGAGGGAAUUGGACCAAAAAUUGGCUAUCGCCCUGUCCGCAAUUCGGAAUAAAGAGGUGUCCGUCGUACAGAGGUUUUUGUUAUUGGAAAUGACUUAGAAAAAAAUCGGGACUGCACGAACAUGUCCGUAAUGCGGAGGUGUCCGCCUGGCAGAGGUGUCCGCAAGGGGAGGUUCUACUGUAUUCCCAACAGAAUACAAGAUUUCGAGGGUUUAGCGCUGAUCUUGAAAGUUAGUCUUUGAACUUGGAAUACCUGUCCGUUAUAUGAGCAUACCUGGUUUAUGCAAGUCCAAUAUAGGCAGAGUUUACUCUAUGGUGCAUUGUAGAGCAGUUAUCUUAAUAUCUGACUUGCUAAAAAGUUAAUAAAAAUAUGAAUUUAGUUUUCAAUAUUGUUGUACUGAUUUAUUGUGAGAAUUUGACAAUUCCAGUGUGUAUACUGUAACAAGAAACACUUUAUGAUCUUUGUGGCCUGGCCUAAUCUGCAAAAUGUAACUUAUAUUACAUGGGUAUUUUUCUUCGAGAGAAAAAGUGUGAUCGUAAGAGUUGGUGCUAAAGUGUUACAAAAAUGAAUACAAAAUAUUAAGAUUAUUAAAAAGAAUUUCCAUGCCUUACAAAAA